AUGACACGUACGUUUGAGCAGUCGGUAAAGCCUGCGCCACCUGUACAAGAGACGUUGUACUAUGAAACCCCACGUUCGCAAUCUCCGCCGGACCACAUGCAGCGCUCUACGUCUCCUGUAAUGUACAUGGAAUCCUCUGCACAUACGCUCAACGACGGCCUCGAGGAGCCGCACACUCCCCCGCACUCGGCACAAGACCAUGCCGAGGAACCGCUGCCUAACGCACCUUCGCGCUCCCAAACUGGCCUAUCCACCCGUCACCGCGGCCUGGGCCACCUAUUUCAUCGCACAAAUGAUGCAGAAGAGCUGGAAGAAGCGUCUGGGUCGAUCCGCAAACCAUCGCGUAGAGUAAGCAGCUACAUUGCUCAGCCGCUGCACGAUUUGCGCCGCCUUCUCCAUGGACAAAUCGGCGUCCAGCGACAAAGCAAUCGUAUGGACAAGAAUGGCCAAAAAGCCGCGCUUGCGCCCUCCAGUGCAUCGUCGUCGCGCUCCGUGCGCGGGACGGAAUCACCGCCGUGGGGCAUGACAAACUCGCACGUCACGAAAAAGUAUGGCAAGUGGGGCCGCACACUCGGGACAGGCGCAGGCGGCACGGUGCGUAUCAUCCGGCGCUCGAAAGACAAUGCGUGCUUCGCCGUGAAGCAGUUCCGCGAGCGGCAAGGCGACGAGCCAGAAAAGGAGUAUAUCAAGAAGGUCACUGCCGAAUUUUGUAUCGGCACCGCCCUGCACCACAUCAACAUUAUCAAGACGUUUGACAUUAUCCGCGAUCAUCAUCACUAUUACGAGGUCAUGGAGUAUGCGCCGAACGAGUUAUUUGCGCUUGUCAUGAGCGGUAGAAUGGGCUUCAAUGAGAUCAACUGUAUAUUCCGCCAGAUCGUUGAUGGAGUCGACUAUCUGCACGGGCUCGGCUUGGCGCACCGCGACCUCAAAAUUGAUAAUUGCGUCGUGGCAAACGACGGGAUCGUUAAGAUCAUCGAUUUCGGCACCGCGACCGUGUUCCAGGCGCCUGGCAAGACCAAGGUCAUGGCCAGCGGCAUCGUCGGCUCUGACCCCUACCUUGCUCCAGAAGUCCUCUCUGAUCAGACGUACGACGCGCGGAAAACAGACGUAUGGUCGCUUGCGGUCAUGUACAUGUGCAUGGUCCUCCGCCGAUUUCCUUGGAAGCUGCCCGACCCGGAUGCAGACCGCUGCUUCAACACAUUUAUCGUUGCGCACCCAGAACUGUGGGGCUUUGAUGCCUCGGAGCCGCUGCCGCCCGAGCCAGAAGAGGAGGAUGCACACGAGCGCGGUUUGGGCUCUGUCCUCAGCAACGUCCGCGCGCCAGACUCGCUGCACAAGCUCGUAGACGGAGAGCAAGAGCCAGAGAUCCGUACCAUGAUCGAGGCUGGAUACCAUGUUCCUGGACUCGAGUCGCAGCCCGUAACGCCCAUCACAACGCGCGACAAAUUGACUGCUUCGGUCCACAGCGUGCCAGACCUGGUCGAGUUUACCACCACCUCGCCCCCCACACCCGCACGCGACGACGACGAAGCAAGCCCUUCCCAUCCAGGCUCGCCAGACGACGAGCCCCGAGAGCACAAACUCGACCUAAUGGACGACCAGCUGGCGCGCGCCAGAGACUCUAUCUUCCACCUGCUCCCGCUCGUCAGCCGCCCCGCGCUUUCACGCAUGCUCGUCCUGCACCCAGCGCGACGCGCGACGCUAGGCGAGCUGCUUCGUGGCCGGAGCUACGGCAACGUCGAUGGUCCCGUCUCUGAGUCGCGCUACCUCGAACAGGAGCGUGAGCAAGAGGUACUGAACCGUGGAAAUACGGUGAGCAAUGCAGCCUACGUCGACAAGUUUGAAGACGACGAGGACGAGGGCGAUUAUUGGCUACGAACGAUUCACACAUGCUCGCACUGGCGGCAUCCGGACGGAUCCCGGGUGUAUCUACCGCCGCCGCCGCCGGUCAAACUCCCGACAGACGACGAGAACUACUUUGCAGACAUGGGCUUCUCUUCUGUGUUUGCCGUACAGCCCGAUUUUGUGACGCAGCCCCUCCCCAAUCACACCCACCACAUCACACCGCCCACCGACGCCAAGCGGCGUCUCUUUUCGCGCAAAGAAGGCUGA